AUGCGAAACAGGCUGGCCCCAAACAUCUGUGUGGCGGUUGAAAGUUGCGACGGAUACCUCAGCCAGGAGAUUCCCCAGGGAGGAGCAAGAGACCCUGGUCUCACACCAGGCUCCCCAUCCAGGAGUUACAGCCAUAUUUACCCUGUUACAGGCAAGUACUUCUACAUGCUUUACGUUUUCUUUGGCAUCCCCCUGCUGGUCCUGGUCCUGUGUACGGACACAGGUGACAUCCCGGCAACUAUCUUAUCCACUUCUUACAAUUGGUUCUGAAAACUCCCAUUCCUUCUCGAUCCUCUUUCCAAAUGGUGCUCCUGACUGCUUUGCAGUCCAAUGCCAAGCAGGUCCGAUGCCAAGCCCGUGGACCAAGCUGAACCCAGGAUCGUCAUCAAUUCUCAAGAGCUCCCGAGCCCCAAACUUGGCAGGUGUCCCUCAGCCCCAAGCAGCAACGUGAAGCUGCUUGAGAGGCUUCUUGCAUGAGAGAAACAGAACACACUGCAACUGCCCCCACGGGCUGUGGAGAGGAGUAACCAGUGUCCUGAGCUGGUGUCCGGGAGACUUACAUACUCCAUCAUCAGCAACCCGGGUGAGGUGGGACAGCAGGUGGAGAGGUUGGACGUCCCCCUGCCCAUCACUGCCCUCAUUGUUUUUGCCUACAUUUCCUGUGCAGCCACCAUCCUCCCCACCUGGGAGAAGCACCUGGACUUCGAAGGUGACUUCUACUUCUUCUUCGUCACGCUGACUGAGAUCAGGCGUGGGGAUACCGUUUUAGAACACCCUCACUUCUUGUUUUUUCCCCUCUACAUCAUCAUUAGGAUGCAGAUUGUGUGUAUCCCUUCCAAGUUCCUGCAAAGCAGGCUGAUUGACAUCUGCAAAACUCUCAUGCUGUUCUUCACAAGAAACUCUACUAAAAAGCGAAAAGACGAAACUGAAGUUCAGAGGCUUUUAGUUCAAGACGACAGCCAAAGAGAUGGUGGGGAGGUCGAGGAUGAAGGGAGUCGGUCCAGGAGGCCCUGCCGGGGGCUGCGAGAGCGGGCGCUGUCAAGGGAAGGGCAGCCGCUCCGGCGGCACUGCCAGGUGGGCUCAGGAUUCGCGGCUCGUGGGGUGGGGCAGCUGAUGGAGGAACCGCUCCCACUGGGACUCUACGUUGUAGUCCCGCGGCGAGGCUGCCCCGGGGCCGACUGGCCAGACCGCGCUUCCCAGAGCGGCCACCAGGUGGGGCCGCCAGACCGCAUAGGUCCCGCGCUCCUGGGCCAGCAGGUGGCGCGUCUGCUGUUCCGAGCCCGGUAG